AUGCUCCAGAAGGUUUGGGUGUCCUCACCAGGGAGCUGGGCUUUGCGGGAGUCCAGCAGUCACCGCCAGGGCAAGAAAAGGUGCUGGAAAUGUAGAUUUGUCAGGGCUAUAAUCCAGCACCCAUGUCGGAGGCAUGCCCCCAAACGCUCCAGGAAAGAAAGAAUGUUGAGAAAAAUCCAGAUAUGCCUCUGCUUCUGCUUUGUCUCGGGCAUUUUGUACGAGAUCUCCCUCUUGUCCAGCUGUGUCUUCUCCUACUUGCCCAUGGCCCAGCAGUACCUGACACCUGAGCAGGUGCUGAACCUUGGCAAAAGCAUCAUUUUCCUGGAGACGACGGAGCGCCUGGAGCCGCCCCCGCUGGUGUCGUGCUCCGUGGAAUCCGCUGCCCGGAUUUACCAGGACAGGCCCAUCAUCCUCUUCAUGAGGGGACUCACCAACGAGACGGCCUUGGACAUGAACACCAGCUACGCAGCCUUCUCCCUCUUGUCUUCCAUGAAGAAUGUCUUCCUUUUCCCUCUCCAGAUGGAAACCGUCUUCCAGGAGACCCCCCUGCUCCAGUGGUACAACCAGGUGGUCCCGGAGCAGGAGAAGAACUGGGUGCACGUCAGCUCGGACGCCAGUAGACUGGCGCUCAUCUGGAAGUACGGGGGCAUCUACAUGGACACGGAUGUCAUCUCCAUCCGGCCCAUUCCCCAGGAGAGCUUCCUGGCUGCGCAGAAGUCGCGCUUCUCCAGCAAUGGGAUCUUUGGCUUCCCUGCCCGCCACAAGUUCAUCUGGGACUGCAUGGAGAACUUUGUUCUCAAGUACAACGGCAACAUCUGGGGCAACCAGGGCCCCUUUUUGAUGACCAGGAUGCUCAAAACACUCUGCAACCUGACAGAUUUCCAAGGCACUGAGGACCACAUCUGCCAGAACAUCUCCUUCCUCAACCCCCAGCGUUUCUACCCCAUCCCAUACCCAGCCUGGAGCCGGUACUACCAGGUGUGGGAUAAAAGCCCCAGCUUCAACCACUCCUACGCGCUGCACCUGUGGAACUUCAUGAACCGCAACCGCAAGGUCGUGGUGGCCGGCAGCAACACCCUGGCCGAGAAACUCUACAAAACCUAUUGCCCCACCACCUACGAGGACCUGAUCCAGAAUGCCAAGCACAGGGAUCUCCCAGACCCUGAGGAGGUUGAGUGA